AUGAUGCUACAUCAACUUGUUUUUGGAAUAUCACUAGCUAGUUAUAUAUGUGCACUUAGAAGCUGUCACUCAGAAGGCCAGGUGUCCCUGUAUAAUUUCUGCAACCUCACAGAUAUUCCACUCGUGCCAAAGGAUACGGUGAAGCUUUUGCUAAGCUUCAACUACAUCAGGCAAGUGUCUGCGACUUCGUUCCCCCUGCUGGAGCACUUGUUGCUGUUGGAAUUUGGCAUGCAGUAUGUCUAUCCUGUUACCAUAGGAAAAGAAGCUUUCAGGAACCUGCCAAACCUCCAUGUCCUGGACUUGGGAUUCAACAGGAUUCUUCAACUGGAUCUCGAUGCUUUUGUGGGCUUGUCAAGCUUGGCUGUACUUCGUCUGUUUAGCAACCAACUUGGAGAUUCCAUCCUGGAGGAACGUUACUUCCAAGGUUUGAGCUCAUUGGAAGAGUUGGAUCUCUCAGGGAAUGAAAUCGCAAACCUUCGUCCUCAUCCCUCGUUUUGUAAUCUAAGAGUCUUGAAAACUGUGAACCUGAAAUCCAACCACGUAGCCAACCUGUGUCAAAGCAACCUUACCUGCUUCCAAGGAAAACAGUUUUUAUAUUUUAGCCUCAGUUCUAAUCUGCUUUACAAGACAGAUGAAACGGCCUGGGCCAGAUGCACAAAUCCUUUCGUAAACGUCAGGUUUGACUCACUAGACCUUAGUGAAAAUGGCUGGAGCACAGAGCAAGUCCAGUAUUUUUUAAAAGCCAUUGAAGGGACUCAGAUUAGUGCUUUAACAUUUAGACAUCAUAUCAUGGGUUCAGGAUUUGGCUUUGAUAACUUAAAGAAUCCAGACAGCGACACGUUUGCAGGGCUGGCAAGAAGUGAUCUUCGUUUGCUUGAUAUUUCAAAUGGCUACAUUUUCUCUCUGAAUUCCUUGAUCUUUAAAGCCCUUGGUAAUCUGGAAUUGCUGAACCUUUUCAAAAACAAGAUAAAUCAAAUCAAAAGGCAAGCAUUUUGGGGCCUGGGUAACCUGAAAAUUCUCAAUCUCUCAAGCAAUCUUUUAGGCGAGUUGUAUGAUUAUACUUUUGAUGGUCUACGUAGUGUGACGUACAUUGAUUUACAGCAAAAUCAUAUUGGGAUGAUUGCUCAGGAAGCAUUCAGGAGGUUGGUAAGUCUGAAAACAAUUGAUCUCCGAGACAAUGCUCUUAAAGACCUCCCUUCCUUUCCACGUCUGACCUCUGCCUUUUUAGGUGACAACAAGCUAACGUCUGUAGCUGACACAGCAAUAGCAGCAACACACCUUGACUUAGAAAGAAAUUGGUUGGCAAACCUGGGUGAGCUGUAUAUUCUCUUCCAAGUUCCAGGUGUGCAGUAUCUCUUCCUAAAGCAGAAUCGCUUCUCUUUCUGUGAGAAAACUGAUGGUGCUGUAGGAAACAAUCAGUUAAUAUACAUGGAUCUAGGUGAGAAUAUGUUACAGCUCGUGUGGGAGAGAAAUUUAUGUUUGGACGUGUUUGGGGCACUGUCCAAACUUCAGGUUCUACAUCUGAAUAACAACUACCUUAGUGCUCUUCCACAGGAGAUUUUUAGAGGUCUGACAUCCCUAAAAAGACUUAAUCUAGCUUCCAACCUAUUGUCUCAUCUUUCUCCUGGGCUUUUUCCACAAAGCCUAACAAACCUGAACUUAUCUGGAAACCAGCUUUUUUCCCCUGAGCCUGAAGUCUUUAUGACUUUGAGUAUUCUGGAUAUAACACAUAAUAAUUAUGUCUGUGAUUGUGCUUUACAGAGCCUGCUAGUGUGGCUAAAUGAAACCAAUGUAACCCUAGCUGGCUCACAGUCUGACAGGUACUGUGUAUACCCACCUGAAUUUGCAGGGGUACCACUGUCGUCUCUGAUAUAUGAUGAUUGUGAUGAAGAUGAACUCCAGGAGACCCUCAGGUUCUCAGUAUUUGUCUUCACCUCUGUCACUCUUACACUGUUUCUGAUGGCAGUCAUCAUUUUUACUCGCUGUCGGGGGAUUUGUUUCGUCUGGUACAAAACUGUCACCAAAAAACUGAUCGACAGCCAGCCACAGGCAGCAGAUAAAAGUGAAUACAAAUAUGAUGCCUAUUUGUGCUUCAGCAAAAAUGACUUUGAAUGGGUCCAGAAUGCUUUGAUAAAGCACCUGGAUUCACAGUAUUUUGAUAAAAACAGGUUUACUUUGUGCUUUGAGGAAAGAGAUUUCUUGCCUGGGGAAGAACAUAUCAACAAUAUUCGUGAUGCCAUUUGGAACAGCAGGAAAACAAUUUGCAUUGUGACCAAGCAGUUUCUCAAAGAUGGGUGGUGUGUGGAAGCCUUUAAUUUUGCCCAGAGCAGGUACUUUUGUGAUCUGAAAGAUGUCCUCAUUAUGGUAGUAGCUGGGUCGCUUUCUCAGUAUCAGCUGAUGAAGCACAAACCAAUUCGAAGCUUUUUACAAAGGAGUCAGUAUUUGCGGUGGCCUGAAGAUUAUCAGGACAUAGACUGGUUUUUAAACACCCUUUCUUACCAAAUUCUGAAGGAGAAAAAAGUGAAAAAGAAAGGCAGGGAUAUAGCCUGCAGGGAUAUAGAGCUGCAGACUGUAGCAGCAGUCCCACGCUGACAGUGC